AGCAGUGCCACCAAUUGACAGACAGACAAACCAGCUGACUACUGACCAAAGGCUUGCUCAGACAUCAUCCCCAGCUCAGUAUUAUAACGUUUACUGUUUCUGGUUCUGAAUUUCCCCUGGUUCACAGUCCAAACGUGAAGCACCUGAGCCCUGGGAAUCUCCCUCAAACGCUGCCAUGAAGUUCAGAGCUCUCUUCUUCUUCCUCUUCCUGGCAUGCUUCUGUCUCAGCCUUGCGCAAGGUUCCUACGACAACUGUUGCUUAUCAUAUGUCAGCAGUGUCAAAGCGUCCGUGAAACGGGCCGUUAGAUCUUACAGGACACAGGAAACGGACGGGGGCUGCAACAUCCCAGCAAUUGUGUUUAAGCUUAGGAAAGGACAGCUAUUUUGCGCCAAUCCAGCAUUAUCUUGGGUGCAACUCUUGAUGAAAAAGCUUGAUGCGAAAAACAAGAAAGCUGAGAACCGAAAGAGGUCUGGCUGAACGUCAUCCUACCAGCCACUAGUUUCAAGGCAUGCAAGAAAUGAGAUCAAUCAUUUUCAAAUGUCCUGUAUCAGCCUGUAACAGCACUGGUGGUAGUUAACAUGCUUGUGCUGAGGAAGGUCCCUCGGGGGCCUCUUAUUCUUCUUCUGUCUGAGAAAUGACAUCAGCGGACCUUCACACUGCAUCCACUCUCCUACUUCACUGCCACAGCCAAGCCAAAGAAUCAGUCUACACUGGACAAUCCUGAUUGCUGUCACUUACUGAGACACCACAUACUGUCAUUCUGCAAAGUCGUUCCAUUAACAAAAUGCUUA